AUGUCAGCCGCGAGAACAGCUCAAUCUGUUCGAAUGCUACAUGAUGAUGAACGUGACCUACCGAAAAGUGAAUGGUUCCACACUGUACUGAUUGCUUUGGUUGUUACCAUUUGCUUCAACAUUACUGUACUCUCCUACAGAUACUAUGCAGUAAUUCGACGAGAAAAACUGGAUAGGCAAAUGAAAAACAAAGAACUUGUCACGGAGCAGUGGUAUCUUGAAAAAGAGGUAAUCAAGAAGGAAGCUGAAAAUCGUCGCAAGAAGAGAGAAGCUGCCAAAAAACUCAUAUAG